AACGAGCCGGGGUGCUUGUGCGUUCUCGCAGGCGCGGACACCGUACUCCACUGCCGGGAAUUUUUCUCUCCAACGUGCACUGUCUGGGCAAUAAAAUGGACGAACUUCAACCACGGUUGGGUACAAAUAGAGACCUCUCAUCCUCAUCUGCCCUCUGCUUCACGGAGACCUGGCUGUGUGGGAAUACACCGGACUCUGCGCUACAGCUGGAUGGGUUCCAACUUAUCAGAGCGGACCGGCAAGCGGACCUCUCUGUUAAGAUAUCUUAACUUUCACGUCAGCUGUUCUGACCGCCUGGCUUUAUUUACAUCUUUUAUCCUUCACUUUAAUUAUUUCUACAGAGUUUCUCUACACAUAAAUUCUCCAAGUGUUUUUUUUUGUCACCAUGGCUGAAAGAAGUCACCUUCAAAUGAGAAGAAAAGAGAAAGAAGCUGCAGAACGGACCAAGGAUGUAAAGGAAGUGAAGAAUGAAGGAGAGAAGGCAGCGGAACAUGGAGAGACCUCAUCAGCUGAGGCAUCGGCCACCAAUGGUGACCAGAAUGGAGAUCUUCAGGUGGAGCCAAUGGAACUACCUCCAUUUGAAAUCAUCACAGGAGAUCGGAUAGAUCCUUUUGUGUUUAAGUUCCAGUUCAAGAAUGUUGAAUACUCCUCGGGCCGCAACAAAACCAUCCUGUGUUACUUAGUGGACAGAGGGAACAUGAUGGAUGGGCUUCUGAGAGGCUUCCUGGAGGAUGAACAUGCUGGGACUCAUGCUGAGGAGGCCUUCUUCACACAGUGUCUGCCACACUGUGACCCUGCAACCAAGUGUACCAUCACCUGGUAUGUGUCCUCCAGUCCCUGCUCUGCCUGCACUGCUAAAAUAGCUGAAGUGUUGAAGUCCAGGAAGAACCUAAAGCUGAGUAUCUUUGCUGCUCGACUGUUUGAGUGGGAGGAAGAGGAGAUCCAGGCUGGGCUGAAGGCGCUGCAUGCUGCCGGCUGUAAGCUGAGGAUGAUGAAGCCUCUCGACUUCUCCUACACCUGGGACACAUUCGUGGAGAGCGAUGACCAGCCUCUGAACCUGUGGGAGGACUGCAAAGAAAACUAUGAGUUUUACCAUGAAAAGCUGGCUGAUAUUCUGGAGUGACGACAGACUCCAGCUGGAAUGUUUGCAGUCAUCACAGAUCAUUCAUGUUGUUUCUGCUGGUGCUGGUGCAGAUGAGCCUGUGAUAGAGUAGCUGUGUAUGAGUUGGUCUGCUGCUUUUUCUUUAUCUUUAUAAACUCUGUGAUCAUCAUUCUGCGCUCUGCUGGCACUGAUCCCAUAUCUGGUCUCCUCUGGGACUAUCUGUGUUCCACACACGAGGAAUAUUCAGUACUUGUUUGGUUCCUUUUGUUUAUUUAUGAUGCAUUUCUUCAUUUUGGGCAGCCACAUGUUUUACUCAUGUAUGUCCAACUUUAAAUGGCCACCAGUGAAACCUUAUUGUCCCCUCCUGUGGCUGUCCCAGGGCUGAUAGGGUUUAUUCACUGAAACUCUGAUGUCCAAGCUUUGGUGCUGAUAAACCAGCAUUAGAUGACUGUAGUCUGUGUUCAGCAGCAGCCAGCAGGACGUGGUGUCCCUAAACAUCACAGAGCCUUACUGCAGGAGCUGAAGUUAGUUUGAUGCUUCUAGCUGCUCUUUGCUGGAGUCUUACCUCUGCAGACUAAUUCUGAAGAGAGCACACACCACAGCAGUAAGUAGAUGAAGCACUGAUAGUCACAGCUGAGCCUGGUCUGAAGACAGAACGGAUGAGGAUCUACCAGGACAGCUGUCACACAUGCAGUCACAGUUCAUACGCUCCAGGUGUCAUCAUCAGUCCAUCACGGCUGGUCCUAUUCUACUGCUGAAGUCUGAUCUGUGGAGUUAAAAUAUGUUCAUUACAUCAGGUUUUUGUGUUAAGGAGAUUUUGGGCUUUGUUCAAGUCCAGAUGAUGUUUCUGUGUUCUCCUGUUCUUCUGUCUGCACUGAUUUUUUAGGAAUAAACUCAUUUCAAUUGUU